CUCGACCUGGUGCGCCUGCUGUACGGCGGCGUGGCCGCGCCGGCCGCCCGCGCCGAGCAGGACGCGCUGCUCAGGGGCUACUACCAGGUGCUGUCGCGCGCGCUCAAGACGGCGCCCGGCGCCCCGCAGCCGCCCUUCUCCCUGGCGCAGCUGCGCAAGGAGAACAAUGUAUGUGGGAAUGAAGAUGGGAGAAAUAAGGGAAGAAAGCAAAGACGAGAGAUAGGAAAGAGGGAAGAAAGGAAAGAGGAAAAGUCAGAAGAAAGGAUGGAGAGUAGGAAACAAAGCAGAAAAGGAAGGGAAAAUGAAGAAGGGGAGGAAAGAGGAAAGAAGGGAAGGAUGGAAGAAAGAAGGGAUCAAAAGAGGGAAGGAUGGAAAGAGAGAAAUAAGGUGGAGGACUUCGCCGUGUACGGGCUGCUGACGGCCGACCUGUCGCUGCGCCUGCAACUCAACGCGGCGACCGUGCGCGUGCCGGCCGAGGAAGGCGAGGACGGCGAGGGCGGGGACGGCGACGGUGGCGCCGCGGCGGCGGCGGCGGUCGCAGAGGAGUUCAUCACUUCCAACGCCCCCGGCGACGCCUUCGCCCGCGCCUUCGGGGACCUCGUGCUCGAGCUGGCCGACCGGGGCCUGCUCAAGUAG